CCCCGCGUGGAGCUGGCCUGGGCCAUGAAGGCACACCAGCACGCCCAGGUCUACUUCAACCUCAUCUCCUCCGUCGACCCCAAGUUUCUGAACCUCACCAAAGUCGACGAUCAGAUCUACAGCGAGUUCAGGAGGACCUUCAGGGAUCUUAAAAUCGACGUGUUGGACCCAGAAGAGCUCAAAUCGGAGCCUGCCAAGGAGAAAUGGCGCCCGUUCUGCCUGCGGUUCGAGGGGGUGGUGGAGGACUUCAACUACGGCACCCUGCUCCGCCUGGACUGCCGCAAAGACUACACCGAGGAGAACACCAUCUUCGCCACCAGGAUCCAGUUUUUCGCCAUCGAAAUCGCUCGGAACAGAGAGGGCUGUAACAGCGUCGUCUACAGCAGUGCCAGGGAGUCGGCGGGCGAGGAGGCGGCGUCGGGGUGA